CACCAUACCGCUUCUGCAAAAAGUAAGAUAUGAGUCAGAGGAAAUGCAUCUGUAUAUUUCCGUUUUAAAAAAAAAGGUGGUAUAUGAAUCCUCUGCUACUUAAAAAAACAAAAAAACCAUCUAUUCAUUGCAAGGAAAGUUAAAACCCUUCCACUCUGUUAGGUGAUCACUAGCUAUUUUAGUGAGCACUGCCUGGCUUCACCAUGGUUCUGUAUAACGAUACCCUUGGUUUGAACCGGACCUCCUGGCUUGGAAACUCCCUAGCCCCAAGCCUUGUCCUGGGAACUUGUUUUCUGGUGGGGGUCCCAGGGAACUCAAUGGUCAUCUGGGCUAUCCUAUCUCAGGUACGGAGACCCACCUUCACUGUAAAGCUCAUGCUAAACCUGGCUGUCACAGAUAUUCUGACUCUGAUCACCCUGCCACUGUGGAUUUACGCCUUGGCUGACACCUGGAUCUAUGGAAUCACCUUCUGCAAGUUUCUCUCCUACCUGAUUUACUCCACCAUGUACGCCAGUGUCUUCUCUGUGAUGAUGAUGAGUGUUCAUCGCUACGUGGUCGUGCUUUAUCCACUGUGCAAACAGAAGCUCAGAGGUAGGAAGGGCGAAAGGACCUUGUUGUCCUCAGUGUGGCUCCUUGCUGGCCUCUUUGCUAUUCCUGUUCUUGGAAUUCGAAAAGUGGAGGACAGGAAUGGACAGCAGAAGUGCUUAGCCACUGGAUACACGUCCUACAGUCAGAAAGCAGCCGUUCUGUUGCUGGAGACCCUAGUGGGUUUUGUUAUCCCAUGCAUGGCACUAGCUGUUUCAUACAUUCUCAUCAGCAGAAGAAUCAAGCAAACCUCUAUCCAGACAGGAAGGAGGCUGGGUAAGCUCAUCACAUGGAUUGUGGUUUCUUUUUUCAUCUUAUGGUUUCCCUACCAUGUGUUCAAUAUACUCACUAUUUCCAUCAGCUUAUUGAAAGCAAACUCCCAGUUGGAGAACACUGCACGUCUGGAAUCAUUUUCUGAGACAGGUACAAACUUCGCAGGGGCUCUAAGUUUUGUCAACAGCUGCCUCAACCCUUUUCUGUAUGCCUUCGCCUCUCGCAGUCUCUGCAGAGGAAUUAGGACUUCAACUCUAGUCAAACAGUUAGAACAGGUGUGUCAUUCCCACAUAGACAAAACCAGGGACACCCUUACCAUGGACUCCACCAGAUAUGUACCAAACAGACAAGGCUAAAUGAGAAACACUGAAAAGUGAAGCCAAUGUGUGUAGGGUUUCAUUUCAUACAGUUCAUUUGUGAAGUACGUUCCUACGCCACAGCACAGCAUCUUAAGAAGAACAGCAAACAACCCAGGCAGCACCUAAAAUCAGCUUUUUUGUUUCUCCAGCCUGCUUAAAGAAGGGUAUAGCCACAUUCACCUGAUUUGAAUGUUUAAAAACACUGUUAUAUAUGUAUCCUUUGUAUAUAUGCUGAUUAAACCAACAUUGAAUAGGCACAAUAAAUGCUGACUCCUCGAUUUCAUAAUUUUAACUUUGAGUCGGUCUGUUUAGGUUUGUUUGAACCACAUGACUUGCCGUUUGAUUGUUGUCUGUCAGUCUUGUCUUCGAAUAACAUGCUUAACAUAACAAAACAGAUUUGCAGUUGUUUGAUCAGAAAAGCCUCGCGGUUUUUAAAACAUUUAUAAUAAACAAAUAAAAUUACGAAUAAUUAAUUACUUAAAAACCCCACUUACCUCACUUGCUACAAUUAAAUUGAAGCUGUGCGGCACGAAAGACAUGUUUAUUCUCUUCCAAAGAAACAUGUUAUAUAUUCAAUUAUCUAACCUACAGGUUUGACAGUUUGUAAAAUCAAAAACACAGAACUUGAUUGAGCCUUUUUUUUAUCAGACCGUUCAGGAGUUAACCAAAGUUUAACAAAGAAUAGUCCAGGUUGACAAAGGUUACCAUUUCAAAUUCCACACAGGACAACAUGACAACAAAUGAACAUUGAAUGAGGUAGAAAGCACUUUCCCUUUUACCCAGAGAACGGUAAACGAGAAUUUCAGUUCAGAGAUUUAUACCUAGUUUACUAGGUGAGAUUGUAUCAUAUUUACCUGUGGGGGCAAGCAAUAAUCAAUGAGAUGCUGCAGCAGCGUAUCAGCUCCAAUAACAGCAAUAAUGAACUUGUCAGAGUGUCAUUUUCACAGGAUUUAUAAUUCCUUUGGGAGUGCCUUUAAAUUGCCAGUGUUUGUCAUAAUGUUCCUGGUCCAAUAUCACACUGGUUCUGAUAAGGCACUGCAGUGGAUUACCAGUUUGUGUUGUGCAAACCAGUCUAAAAAUAAGAAAGUGUCCUCAUUGUGGUAACAAUGUUUUUUUUUUUUAUCGCUGUAGCUCCCCUUGUGUUACCGUUGCAUUAAGCAACGCGAAGGUUCAGGCAGGCACCUCACUAACCUUACUAUAUAAAUAUUGUAUUAGUGCUGUCUAGUCUGCUUUAAUAAAUAUUCUAUUGCAUGGAUUUACUGACUGAACUCCUUACAGUGCAACUGCAUUGCUCCCUAAGAUCACUGGGUUUCAAAGCACAUGGGAAAAGUAGCUGUAGAGCAAAGGUGAAUUAGGUAUGUAGUUCCCCCCCGUUCUCGUCAUAGCCCCUGUAAGUGAUGCAUAGCACGCCUUCUUUACCUUGCACAACACUUCAAGAGACAGGACACGUUACAGAUUCAUGACACUUUUUUUUAUUGUUGUUGUCUGGUUCUGGACAGACGACUCUGUGGAGGAAGGAUGGGAGGCACUGUAAAGUGUUAACAGUGCCAGUAAAGGCUGAGCAGGGUCAGGGUUUCUCAGCCAUGGCUUACAAAAACAGGGGUGGGAUGCUCCAGUCACUGGGUACCACACUGCCACCAGCAAGAGUAGAUCGAUAGGCAAAGGAAAAUAAAGUGGCUUAGUGGAGCAUUGUCAUCCCAGCCAGCGAGUGGAUUGGUGCGCAGCUCAGAUGUGACCUGCAUGCCUGCCUGCCUUCCAGACAGAUAAAUAUGCCUCUCAAACUGGUCUGCUGUGACCCCAGCAAAGGGAUUCAUGGGUAACUCAGAACCUCGGGCUAGCAGGGGUCUAUUAACUUAAUGGGCUGUUAAGUUGAUGGAGCUGUGGCAGGGUUUGAUGUUGGGUUACAACAGGCAAAAGUGCUACAAAAUGAACUCAAUUAUGACAUCAUACCUUCAAAAAGCAAUGCCUUCAAUUAUGAAGUGACCCCAAUCAGGAAUCUGUAAACCCCCCCACUUCGCUGUUGCUCUGGAUGCAGUUUCAUUAUUUUUUUUUUUUUUUUCAUCACCAGAGCUAAGAGAUACUGUGGAAAUGAUUCAUUCCACUUAAUUAGAACCUUUUAAUUAGCACAGAGAUUUUUUUAAUUAAAACAGUCCCCUGACAAUGCAGAUCGCUGACGUCUAUAAUAAUUGUCUGUCACAGUACGAACUUUUCUUUGCUCUCCCUCCCUCCGCUCCAGGAUUUCAGGUGGUCUCCAUGCGCCAUCAUAUUAACAAGAGCCAGAGAACAGAAUCCCACCUCUGCUCAGCGUCACUUAAAAUCACCUCUGAAAAAUAAUUUUCUUUUCUUUUUUUUCUAUCUCAUUAGAUGAUAGUUUUUUAAAAAACCUUUCUUAUCAUCCAAGAAGAAAACAGCACUUCUAUAUACACGUGUCUGAAUUUUAAACACCCUUUGAUUAAUUUUCUCAUAGUAAUAACAACAACAACAACAAUAUAAUAAUUAGAAUAAUAAUCAAUAUCAUCUAAAAAGUACUUUUUUUUUCCCCCUCAUUGAAAUUGACCGGAAAAAAAAUGUAUGUGUG